AUGCAGUCCGUCCCAGAAUCGCGACAGCAGUCCUUCGAGGAGAUCUAUGGACCCCCAGGAGAACUUCCUCGAGAUGGAAGUGAGUCCGCAACCCCCCAGACCCACGGCACAUCUCGCAACAUGUACACGUCGUACGAGAUUGUGUGCCGGACCAACAUCCCCGCCUUCAAAUUGAAACACUCCGUCGUGCGCCGCCGGUACUCCGAUUUCGAGUAUUUCCGCGACAUCCUGGAGCGCGAGAGCACGCGCGUCACUAUACCCCCGCUCCCCGGGAAGGUCUUCACCAACCGGUUCAGCGACGACGUCAUCGAGCAUCGCCGCGAGGGUCUGCAGCGCUUCCUGCAGAUCGUCGCUGGACACCCUCUUCUGCAGACGGGGAGUAAGGUCCUUGCUAGUUUCAUACAAGAUCCUAACUGGGACCGCAAUGCAUGGUAG